UCUGCUCGGGUGUGAUUAACACCGACCUGCCAAAUCGUUCCCUGGGCCAUUUGGGGCUCGCACGCGUCCACGCUUCUUGUUUGCACGGAUCGGAUGCCUCCCCCCGACCCUUUUUGUUUUGUUUCUCCUCGCUAGCAAAUGCAAACGGGGGCGGGGGGGUCCUCACUGGCACCAGGCAGGGAAUAUAAAAGCCCCUGGCCCGCGGGCUAGCAGGAGGAGCGCCCCGCUCCAGCACCCGCCGCCGCACCAGCCCUGCUGCUGCCGGUGCGGGGCAUGGAGGGCGCCCGGGGCUGCUGCAGCUGCUCGGCCCGCGGGGCCGGGGCCGCCCGGGGAGGCUCCGGGGAAGAGCGCGGGUCCGGGGACUACUGGAGACCUUGGAUCCCCACGCGGAGGGAGUCCGAGAGAGGCCUGAGAAGAAAUCCAAGUGGGCCAUAUAGUCCGUAUGGGAUGACAGAAGCCUCAAGAAAGCUAACACAAUAUACGCAUCCAGUUAGAUUAUUUUGGCCCAAAUCAAGGUGCUAUGAUUACUUGUAUCAAGAGGCUGAAGCACUUCUGAAAAAUUUCCCUGUUCAAGCCACAAUUUCCUUUUAUGAAGACUCAGACAGUGAAGAUGAUGAUGAACUGGACCAAGAUUCGGGAAUAGGGAGUGAUGGCUAACUGUAGGGAGUACCAUUGCCACUUCCACACCAUUAUAAUUUAAACUAAAUAUAAAAAUAUAUAAUAGUAUUUUUAAAGAUAAUUUAUUUGUAUGUAAAUUAUUCUUAAUAAAAUUGUGAAGUAUUUUGUAAAUUUUAUAG